UUACCAUGGCGACUUAUGGUUUGUAGUAGCAGGACCAGGUUUAGGAUUUCACACAAGAAACACGGGACGAUAUUCGGCCUUGAAUGCGCGAAAUUACGGCCUGAAAAUUAACUAGUGAUCACUAAGAAAGACCAAGUAUGGCUGCGACUACAAAUCUUCCAGCCAUACAGCACCCUUUAUCACGAAUGGGCAACCCUGCGAAUUUGAAUGUUCGCGGAACGUCUCGUGAUGGACCUAGAGUUGCUUCACGCCAAAGUUUGAAUCUAGGAGAAAGUAAACUUCGUCCGAUUACAGCAGAUCAGAUGCCUUGGAGACUAACAAAAUCAUCAAAUGGACACAACCAGAGGAGCCCGAGGGAUGAUUUAAACCUUGGGAAUAUACCAGAAGGGAUUGAAGUAAGGCGUGCUGAAGAUCCUUCAAAACCUACUAUUCCUAUCUUCGGUAGCAGAGCUGACAUGGCAAGCAGGGUGGAGAGUCGCAUGUCAAGAUUGAGCAGUGCUGCCGCAUCAUCAAGGGGACCAGACAAAGCCUCAGUAGAUGAAUUUGAAUACCUGCUGAGGGAGAAGAUGAAGACAGGGUAUUUCACCAUCAAGAACUUGUUCAAGCAAAGAGACCCUGAAAACAAAGGCAUUGUCAGCAGAGAGUCAUUAUCACAGAUCCUCACCACAUUUGUUGGCAAGCCGAUCAGUCUUAGUCAGUUCAAUAAACUUAUGGUCAGGUUGAAUCUUGACCACAAGAAAAUGAUAGCGUAUGACGAGUUCUACGCGGCUUUCAGACCACCAAAGAAAGCGGAUGAGGGUCCAGCGUGGCUAGAGUUAGAGAAGCCCAACAUGCGAACCAUGACCGCCUCUCAAGUACACGCGCAUCUCAAGGAGAAAGCAAAACAAAGAUUCUUAGACGUAGCUGAGCUAAUUCCCCAGAUGAACCCAGGCGGCUCUGGUCGAAUCCUUCGCCCUGAGCUACGUAACGUACUUAACCAGAUGGGCUUUUACAUGGAUGACGACGAGUUUGAGAAACUGUGGCUCAAGUACGAUACAGAAAACGUUGGCACGAUCCGCGCGGAGAAACUAAUGGGCAAGCUGGGGAUUUCCAUUAAACCAGGAUCCACGGGAGACAUGCCUCGGUCUCCGCGGAAACUCGAGGUGGAGCGCAAGGUUCAACUAGACAUUGAGCGAUGGCUGAAACGCAAGUUCCGUGAGGGAUUUUCGGACAUGAAGCAUGCCUUCAUGGAGCUGGACCUGGACCGGACAGGACGUGUCCGAAAAGACGACUUCAGGAAAGUGCUCGCGGAGUUCGACUUGAAGCUUAGCACAGACAAGCAAGUGGAAGAUUUUCUGGCAAGAUGCGGCGUGACAUUGACAAGCGACGACCUCGUUCCAUAUAAGGAAUUCCUGCGCCGAUUCCAGGACCGUAGCCAGGAUGGAAUGCCACACAAGAUUCUUGCCAACCAGCUACAUAGGUAUCACCAUAGCGAUCAAGGCAGUCAGUUCUCCACCACUUCCGCCGUGGAAGCGAGGCUGAUGGAUCUGUUCCAGAGAGACUUCUUAGCGCUUCUCGGGACCUUUCAUAAUAUCGACCGUAAUGACUGCGGCCUCCUUACUCAGCAGCAGUUUCGCGCUGCCAUCGAGGGCCGUUUUGAGCUGGGUAUGAGUGAUGAAGAGUACGAAGACUUUCUGACUCGUGUACCAAUUAACAACGAUGGCAUGGUGAAAUACGUCGAGUUCAUGUCCAAGUUUGACACAACUUUUGAUAGGGAUAACAAUAGCCUGUUUGACCGGUCAAGCGUGUUGGGUGCCCCCGAACCGAUGCCGCCAAUCAGAGAGAAGGAAAGCCCACCUGGGUCUCCUAGGAAACACCGCGGACCAAGACCUGUGAAAACCGUGGACUCCUAUGACAGUCAAGAUGGCCGAAGCGCCGAGGAACUUAAGCGAGUCAUUAAGAACGUGUUGGUGAACAAUUUUCAGGACUUUGAGCAGGCAUUUUACGAUCUUGAUGAGCUGAACAGCAAGCGAUUGACGCCUGAAAUGAUGCGCAAGCUGCUGAAAAAGUUUGAUGUGGAUGUGAACCGUAACGAGAUCAAGAGGUUAUGGGACACGUUCAUCACGGAUCAGCGAGGCCACCUUGAGUACUUGCAGUUUGUACGACACUUCGGCUACUCUAUCGGCUCCGCAGCCUUUCCAAACGCGAAGGUGUCGCCACCAAAGCGCGGGGAUAACGACUUCAUGAUGCGCUCGAACAAGCUGAACAGUGACGUGGACAUGUUGUUUGACCAACUCAAGUCAAAGGUCGAUUUCCACUGGGAUCGCCUGCGCGGGGAAUUUGCAGCCGCUGACCCUAAUAACGCGGGUUUCGUAUCACGUGAAGCGUUCAAGGAAAUUCUACAAGAUCUCUGCAUAGAGCUGACGGACUACGAGCUUUCUCAUGUCACCAACAAAUUCGACCCCAAAAACGAGAACAGGGUGAGCUACGUGAAGUUCCUUGAGCCGUACGCCAAGAGGAGGCGCCGCUAUUUUAGCAACAACAUGGGUACCGUCAUGAACCAUCCACAGGCCGAGUUGCCAAUGUAUGAUAUCGUCCCCAAACCAAAUAAAGGCCUAUCUGGAAUCACUGCCAAACUAAGACAAAAGCUUUCCGGUGAAUGGAAAAACCUGCGCAAAGCCUUCAGAAAACUCGACCUUCAAAAUGACGGCUACCUUUCCAUCCCAGAAUUCCGUUCGGUCCUACGUCUUUGUAAUACAGUUCUCGAGGAAGAUGAGAUCUAUCACUUGCUGUCUGAGCUCGAUAGCGGCAUGUCAGGCAACGUCAACUAUAGAGAGUUUCUCACUAAAGUCUCUUCGUGAGGUGGCAUGCUUGGGGUCCCUGUGGUCGAGUACUGCAACCUAACCUGGGUCUAGUGCGCCGUUCCCUUCGUUCUCACUGCUCAUUCUCGAACACAGGAAUCCCAAGGCAUUCUUAAUAUGUUUAUUUUGGAAAGGUUUAUGAGCUUCUUUAAAGCCAGAAAGAGGCAUCACACCUAACUUGAAUACUUGAAUGAUAAAUGCAUUUGAAAACCUUUCAAGAUCUGAUUUUUCAAGAGGUUAACAUAUAUAUAAUACUGUAGCACAAUGUGUAUAUUCACGUAAUAAAACAUUUACAUAGUUAACCGGGAGGGGUUUGAUUAACAGGAAGAAAAAAACGACAGUAUAUUUUCAAAGUUUGCCUAUAUAAAAUAGCCGAACUCGACUUAUUUCUACUAAAUACCAUUUGUAUGGAUCUAUUCUAGACCUUCCCUAGUGCCACUAUACCUAUGGUAUCCCCGCGAGUAAUAUAGGCAAGGAUUAUGAUAUUGAGACAAAGUAAGUUAUUAUUUUUAGUGUGGGGCCCAUGCACAAGUGUAAAAAAAGAGUGUUUUGUAAAUAAACUUAAAUCAAACAAA